AUGGCUCCGAGUCCCCGUGCACAAGUGAUUGUCAUUGGCGCCGGUCUGUCGGGUCUCACGGCUGCCUCGGAACUACAUCGUAAAGGCAUCGAUGUCAUUGUACUCGAGGCAUCGAGCAAGGUGGGCGGAAGAGUCAAUUCCCUCACCACCAGCCUCGGCUCACAUCUUGAUCUGGGUGGACAAUGGAUCGGACACGGACAUCAUCGCUUAACCGCCCUGGUGAACCAGGCAGGCGGCACAACCUUCCCGACCUUCUCACGCGGCCUGCCGACGAUUAUUGCUCGGGAUGGUCGCACUGUGUCUCUCUUUUCACCCUCUGUGCUCUUGGCGCUGACGCAGCUACUCAUCCUGGAGUUGGUGAGCAGGGUGUAUGUUCCGCAAAGUUGGAUCACGGUCACGGUAGACAAAGCAAUCGAAACUGUGGCCCCCUUGGAGAUUGCCCGACAACUUCUUGCUUUCAUUGUGGCAGUGGCUUCGACUGCUGAACUGGGCAUGUUUUCCAUCUACAGUUUUGCAAAGGCGCUUCCUCGAUCGGGAGGGUUGUUCGCGAUGCUGCGGACACAGGGUGGAGCCCAGGAUAGUCUCGUUGUGGAAUCUAUGGGUAUCACGACAGCCAUGUUGGCCGACGAGCUCUCUCAGAAUAUUUCCACCGACAUGCCAGUCACGCGCGUCUCUCAGAAUCAUAAUAACGACAUGAUGGUGCGGACAGCGUCGGGGCGAGAGUUUCAUGCGCAGAAACUCAUUAUCACCGUGCCCCCGCCAAUGUUAAAAAGCAUCACGUUCGAAAGGUCGGAGCGUAGCGACGCACAUGGCCCACGAAAGCACGAGCACCGUUGGGUGCAUUCUUUUCCGCUCCAAUGA